CGCCUUCGCCGCUAACAUGUGUCAAAGUCGUGUGCCAGUGCAGGCAGUCGUGUCUAUGUAUAAGACGUGGUGGGAUAGUCGACUCCGCAUAAUUUCCAUUCAACUCUCCAACAAGUUAUUCCAGCGAUAUGCCAUUUUGUCCAUUAUGCCCGCCUGGUCAGGCAAUCAUCCCAGGCUUACUAACUGCGUUAGAAGCGCACAUCAAAACGAAGCAUGUAGUAGCGGGAAUAAGUUGUCAACUCUGCCAGCAAGAUUUCAAGAAUAAUGCUGCGCUGAUUCAACAUCUUGCAUCUAAGAGGCACCACAAGUGCAAAGCGGGAUGUUCUCAGACAUUUAUGACAACCACCGAGCUCAGCACGCACAUCAAGGCGGAUCACAAUGCAGGAUCUAAGGUCCCUCCUGCAGCUGCCAGUGCCAGUAAAGCCAACACCACAAUCCCGGUCACAUUCCCCUGUGGUACCUGUGCUAUGCAGUUUGUCAGUUCCGAAACGCUCCAGCAUCACAUGCGCGUAGACCAUUCACCUAAUAAAAACCCAUGUCCAUCUUGUUAUCAGAGCUUCUCCACACCUAGCGCUCUUGAGGAACACAAGUCGAUCAGCCAUCCUGUUCCCAAAGUACAAGCCAGCGUUUUGGGAUGUCCCAUGUGCAAACAAACAUUCCUCUCCGCAGAAGAGCUGCCUAGUCAUAUUCGCGCCGCCCAUCCUCUCGAAGGAUCGGCCAAGAAAAUGUAUCCUUGCAUUUCAUGCGAACGCACAUUCUCGAAGAAGUCUAAGCUUACUGCCCAUAACGAAACCGCUCAUCCCCCCGAGCAUGUUUGUGCCAUUUGUCGGCUCAAAUGCCCGUCUAAACAUGCUCUCAAUGAUCAUGUCGCCGCAGUGCAUACACGCGCACCCAGCAUCUGCCGGGAAUGCAAUGCGGCGUUUACCUCCGAAGAGGGGCUUCGCCAGCAUUACUUGCAUUCUUCAAAAGGUGCCCAUCCGAAAUGUAUCGAGUGUAAUCUCGGAUUCGAAAACGACGCAGUAUAUGCAACGCAUCGCCAGACAUCCCACCCAGAGCCGCCCCGCCCUGUUUCUCCACCAGCUUCUUAUCACUGUCCUUUGUGCAGCAAUGUCUUCAAGCUUCAGUCAGCACUGGACGACCACACGGUUGCGAAACACUCUUUCACCUGCGGAAUGUGUGAAUUCGUUUGUCUGGAGGAGGAAGUUCUCAAGGAGCACAUCGCCUCGGCGCAUUCGUGCCCCGUUUGUCACGAGGGCAUCUUCGCAAAUACAGACCUUUUAGACGAGCACCUCGCAGACCACGCUGCCCCCUAUCGUUGUGAAGUCUGCCAAACAAGGUACGCCGAGGAAGAAGGCCUACGCCAGCACUACAGAGAUUCCCCAGAUGACAUACAUCCGUCUUGCACGAGAUGUAACCUGGGUUUUCAGGAUGCAGGCGAAUACCAUAAUCACACAGAAACGAUGCACCCUCAGGUAUCCUGUCAACUGUGUGAUGGAGCAUUAUUCGAUCCUGAGGAGCUUCCUAUGCACUACUUGACAUCGCGCAACCAUCCCGCGUGCGACAAAUGUCAAGUUGGAUUCAGUGAUCAAGCCGAAUUUGCGAUGGUGGAACAUCCAGAGGCAUACUGUCACCUAUGCCAGUGGCAGUUUGAGUGCCCUGAGUCGUUGCAGAAUCAUAUCCGACACUUCGUAGCACACCCCAAGUGCAUGGACUGUGAGCUGAGAUUUGCAGAUGUGGACGCCUAUCAACACCAUUUGUUUGUCGUGCAUAGGCCACACAGUAGUGAUUCCGUGACACAACAAGAUUUCGACCCCGAUGUUUUGGAUAAUGGUGACAUAGUAGUUCAUUCCGAAAAGCUUUUUUUCGAUUCCUUUUCUCCCAAUCGAGUUGACUCGAAAUGGGAUUUCACUGUUGAUGUUAAUUAUGACCUCCCCUGUGCCCCAUCCAUCCCAUUGCCUCCGAGUACCAGUGGAUACUCCAGCCCUCUGUCUCAGAGGGUUCUGACACGAUCAAGCAUAGGAUCGCGGUCGUCGUCCAGGACGCUUUCGCCGCCUCCUAUCAGCGGCAUCAAAGUCUCACAGCUGGAGACUGGGCAUGUCGUGGAUCAUUCCGAGUCACCAGAGCUUGAGCACUCGCCGCUUUCCAAUAUACCCACAGUUGGUACACCGUUGAUAUCAAGUACAGACUUCCGUAGCCCCUUCAGUCCGCGCCCAGACCCUCCGGCACUUUUUGUUCCUUCUCAAGAGCUGAACGGCGCCAGUCACAGCGAUCAAGAAUCUGUUGCCUCUGCGAGGUCACCUGAGACAAGCUCUCCCGUGAUUAAACUUCCCGAGAAUGGCGCAUCGCCGGUGUCGAGCUCUGGCUGGUCCACAUUAAGUGGCGAGGAUGUGUCGAGGAUGUCAGUCAAAUCGGAUGAUUCACCAAAUCAUCGACCGGUGGGCGUUGCUGUGCCGAUGCUUCGGCUGCAAGUACCUGUGCCUAAUGGGACUUCUCAGACAGCCAGUACUUUGGAGACGCCAAGUUCCAUUUCACCCGAGUCUGCAGGCAUUGAUAUUUCUGCGAAUGUGACCCCCGAUUACUUGCGAGAAGCUCGUGCGUAUCUUGCCGUGACUCAUCCAGGACAGUUUGACGUCAAUCGGCCUCACCGCUGCCUCUCGUGAGCGACGCCGUGAAGUUCGAUUUGAGGACAGUAUCAUGUCGGAGCCGUUAUGGGAGAACCCAUCAUCUGACUCGACCGAUUCUUCUUUCGAUCUUCCUGUGCUUCAAGGCAGGCGAAAAUAUGGCGUACAAAAGAAAUCAGGUGCCAGUAAACUUCCUCGUUU